AUGGAAGGAAUACCAGUGCAACUUGGUGGUGAUGGUGAUGAUGAUGUUGAAAUAACGAGGCUGGUGGAGUUCCCGCUGAGGUCGUUGGUUAUGCACGAGGAAGUGUGCAGUGGUUUGUGGCCUAGCAGUAGACACAUUACACAAAACGCUAAUGAUAUCAACAACGCACAGACUGUCACACUAGGCCUUCGUGACGAAGGGGCGGAGCUCACUUAUUCCAUAUCUAUGAAUUCGAUCAAUGAAUUUGACAUAGGUCCCCGGUUCGAUCCCCGGAUACUCUGUGCGUUAGUAUCACCUUAUGUCUCGGGCACUACGGAGACUGGAGGCAAGCAGUAUACCGAAGUGACUGCUAGACAUCAUUUGAGGCAGCGACUGGCUGUCGCUGGUCAAUUAACGAUGUCAUAUGCGAGAGACCCCCGUUUGGAUAAGUUCACCAACACGUUAGCAGUUCCUACAGCCUUCGAGAUGAUCAGUGGGGCCUUGUGGAUCUGCUUCAUCCGGUCUGGUUUUGGCGAGAACAACAGGAUGUUGAGGAAAGAUUGGUAA